UUCCGCGCCUGCGCAGAACCUCGGCGCUGCGCGCGCCUAAAGCCACGCCCCUCGCGCUGGACCACGCCCUCUGAGGCUCCGCCCCGUAGCCCGGAUCCCACCCUCUGCCCGCAGGACCCCGAACCCAAAUGAUCCUGCAGCAGCCCCUGGAACGAGGCUCCCCAGGUCGGGCCCAGCGCGACCCACGGGCCGCCUCGGGCACGCCCCGAGCCCAGGACGUGAGCUCCCCUCUCCGAGGAGCUGUGCCCAUGAGCACCAAGCGGCGCCUGGAGGAGGAGCAGGAGCCCUUGCGAAAACAGUUCCUUUCUGAAGAGAACAUGGCCACCCACUUCUCUCGACUCAGCCUGCACAAUGACCACCCUUACUGCAGCCCCCCCAUGGCUUUCCCCCCAUCUCUGCCCCCACUCAGGAGCCCUUGCUCUGAGCUGCUUCUCUGGCGCUACCCUGGGAACCUGAUCCCUGAGGCCCUCCGGCUGCUGAGGCUAGGGGACUCCCCCACCCCCCACUACCCUGCAAUGCAAGCUGGGGAGAUAAUGGAUUUCUGAGUGCUGAUGGGCAGUAUUUCUGCCCACCUUCCUUCUUCUCCACAACAGAGAAGACCAGCAUCCCCACUAAGGGACCAGCUGUCCUGAAUAUUCUCCAGACCAGGCCUCUGGGCCCCAGGACCUACCCUCAACAGAGGAGGACACUGAAUCCCACAGAGCCCUGGGGUGGGAGGGGCAGGAGGGACAGGAGCAUGGGAAGGGAGGCAUUCCCCCCACAACUGAAUAAAGAUUGCUGAGCAAAUGAA